AGCUAUUGGUGCUGGUAGGGAUAAGUUUAAUUUCUUGAAACAACUGGAAGAGAUCGCAAGCAGCCCUUCUGACGUGUGGAUGGCCGAUUUUGAUAACCUGAACGAAAUUGUUGGUGUCAUUGUAAAGGAUGUUGUGAACGAAAUUUGCCCUGAACCUCCCCCGGAUUAUACUAAAACGAUCUGCUCACAAGAGCCCCGGGACGUAUUUCUUGUUGUGGACGGAUCCCUGAGCAUCGGACCAACUCAGUUUGAAAAGAUACGAGUUUUCCUCACGAAACUCGUGAAGGCGGUUGUUGUUAAUCCAAACAUGACUCAUUUUGGGCUACUGCAGUUCAGCAGCAUACGAAAAACAAGAGUAGAAUUCACGCUGGAUUAUUCACACAGGGAAGCAACACUUUUGAAUCGUAUCAAGUAUUUAAGAUACCAAGAAGGCACGAGUACUUACACUGGAAACGCUCUGAAAAUUGUCGAGCAGGAGGUGUUCACGGUUGAGGGCGACGACCGUCCGGAGGUCGACGACAUUCUCAUCGUUUUCACGGAUGGCGCAACACGUGACCAACGCGUGGCCGUGAGGCAUGCGGAUAGAAUGAAAAGAGAAACGUGCACAUCAUAGGAAUUGCAGCCGGGCCGAAGCGUCAUGAAUUUAAGGACCAAGUCGAACAGAUUGCAAGCAGUCCUGAGGAUGUGUACAUGGUAGAGUUUGAUGAUUUGGAAAACAUGCUCUACAGGCUGGUGAAUAACGUGUGCAAAGCACCGCCGACAACCUUACCUCCCACCACAACGCCUGAACCUACAACCACCCCACUUCCACGACGACCCCGAACCCACGACGACCCCCGAACCCACGACGACCCCGAACCAACAACG